AUGGCUCAAAGAAGAGGACCGUGGUCCCAGCAGGAAGACGGUUAUCUCAUGCAGCUCGUCAGCGACCAAGGCCCCUUGAACUGGGUUCGCAUUGCCCAAGCCCUCGGAACCCGCACGCCCAAGCAAUGCAGAGAACGCUUUCACCAGAACUUGAAGCCCACACUUAAUCAUGAGCCCAUCACAGCCGAGGAGGGCGCCCAAAUAGAGAUUCUCGUCGGCGAGAUUGGCAAGAGGUGGGCCGAGAUUGCAAGACGUCUGCAUGGUCGCAGCGAUAAUGCAGUCAAGAACUGGUGGAACGGAAGCCAGAAUCGCCGCAAGCGUCACGAUCGUCGCAGAGCCAACCAGAGCACUUCUGGCUACGACGACAGAAGAUAUGGCCACUCUGCCUUCACACGCCCGACUCUCACCCUCAACCCUCACCCGUCAGCACUCCCGCUUCCAAGGCACGCCGUGUCGUCGCCUCUCUCCCCGACGUUCUAUGGUCACAGCCACAAUCAUACUUUUUAUCAUUUGGAAUCGCCUCUGCCGUCACCUUGUUCAACCUCGUCCCCUGGCAGCGACACACUUGACGCCGAGGCCUCGACUGUCUCCGAUGCCGCGUCAAGCUACACCACAUCUCCCCAAUGCCUUUCCAGAGGCACAUCGCCAUCUCUCCAACUCCCUCCUCUUCGUCAUCUAGACACUGGCUCCCAGCCUCGAUCAUUACCUAGUUUCGGUUCUCUGCUUCAUGCACCGAGCGAAAGGAAAGAGCACGGUCGACUACCGUCGUUGGGAUCGCAUCUUUUGACGGCGCCAAACUCGCCGGUAUCGAGCACCGUCGCUUCACCUGUACCAGCGGAUAAGGACUCCCGGAUGGACGUUUCAGCCCUUCUUGGAUGA